CAGAAAAAAGACAGCGUGGCUUAAAUAACGUCAUCACGCACAUAUCCGACCUGUCCUUGAAGCCACAACACAGCCAAGAUGGUUGCAUACUGGAGACAAGCAGGCCUCAGCUACAUCCGCUUCUCCGCCAUCUGCGCCAGCGCGGUGCGGGCUGCGCUGAAGCCGCAGCUGAAAGUAGAGGCGAUGAAGGCCGCAGAAGCCAACGUCAAAGUCCUCAAACCCAAAACAGCAGCGUCAUGAUGUGACACCGUGAUGUAGAGCGUUUCUCCUGGUGUUGUGAGGUCCUGUGACUGUUCUGUCCUGCGCACCGUGGAUAAUUUU